ACAAAAUACACAUUAUCCACUGAAAAAGAAAAAAGAAAAAUCCAAAUCCAAAUGACAAGCAGAAUGCGAAGUUACAGAGAUGACAACUGCGACUGCUUCCGCUCUACCAUCCGUUUCCCUUAAUCCCUCCAUCGCCACCGCUACUCUCCGCUCCGGCACCAACCAUGUCUCCGUCUCCACCCGCCGCCGCCGUCUUUACCCAGUACGAGUAGCAAAUGAAUCGAAAACAACGGAGGUAUCUCCCGAUCUUAUAAUCGGAAAGUCAGAAGCUGAUAAGAUCGUGGACGGAAUUGACUUCGGUGAGCUCUGUAAUGAUUUCGAAUGCAUUAGCAGUCCGGCUGUUGAAGCCACCGCUAGACAGCUUGUACGUGACAUCUUAGAACUCCGGGAUGGCAAUCGUGCUCUAGGAACAUACGCUGUUUCAGUCAAAUACAAGGAUCCAGUCAGAAGUUUUACUGGUCGUGAGAAGUACAAGAGACCAUUAUGGUCGAUCAAUGCACUAGAUAACCCUACUGUGAGUGUGCAGGAGAUGUCGAUGUUGUCUACAAGUGUAUUGAGUAUAAAGUGGACACUGAAAGGAAACCCUAAAAAUGUUGUAGCUGGUGUAGGAGGACUUGUGAUUCUAAAAGUCAACUCUCGGUUUACAUUGAAUCAAAUUAGUGGUCAAGUUAUUGAACAUGAAGAGAUUUGGGAUUUAUCUUCAUCAUCAACAAUUGUUCAAGCAUAUUUCUGGGCUUCACGUCGUUUAUUUUCUGUCUUUGAAUCUACAAAAGAUUUUUCUGAUUCUGUCAAGAACUUGUCCAGCCGCUUUUCAUCAAAGAAAGAAAAUUUGGAGAUUUAUCCAGAUCCCUCUGGUGAUCCAUUGAAGUUUUUCCAAAGUGAAGAUGAGUUUCAAAGAGACGCAUACCAACUGGCAUUGUUUCUUGCACUUCUAUGCGAUACCGAGAGAGAGACGAAGAGAGGCAAGAGAGACGGAGAGAUAACACGAUGGCGGAGUAGCAGUCUUCAUCCCCUUCAAACCAACGUCGACGUCCCCAUCAGACCACCGAUGUCAUCCCCUGCAAGCUUCAAGAAACCCCUUUCCCAGGUACUAUACCUCGUCUCCUUCUGCAUCUGCAACACCCCAACUGGAAUCCUGACGAAAUCUGCUCCGCCGGUGGGUAGUGACUGCUAG